AUGAGGCUCCUACCAACACUGCUCGCCGCCAUCCCACUUGCUUCGGCAUCUUCCGUAUACUUGCAUCCCGCACCACCAGCGCACCGCGCGCAAUUGCUAGGCGCCAGCGCGCUGCUCGCGCAUCAUCUCGGACUUGACCGGUUCGAGCCUGCACCCGCGAACGGACAGGUCAACUUUGAUGGUGGAUUUGUUGGAGAGGGCGAGAGUGCUGGAGUAGUUGUUACUGUUGAGGAGAAGUACAUCAAAGAUGUAAUUCCGACGACAUUGCCUGCGGCGCUCACCCUCCGCUACACGCACUUCGACCCUUCAAACCUCCUCAAAUCUCUAACAGCACGUGCAUCACACAUAUACAGCACCCUCACCUCCUCCGAACCAUCAUACACAACGGCAUUCCCGGCAUCCGUCGAUGCCUUUGCCGCACACUUCGACGCAGAAGAAUUCCUGUCCACCCUCGCACCACUCGUCGCAUUCCUCGAAGAAGAUGGCUCCGACAAGUUUGGAGUAUUCGAGUUGAAGGGUCUGUCGAAGUUGACCGGCGAGAUGCGCGAUAUGGCAGUCCAGACGGCACGUGCUACCAUCGAGAGCGCUAUGGCGCGCAAGGACCUCAAGCUCGUUGUUUUGUCCGCACCCUCAUUCGCUCCUCCCUCGGCCGAGUCGAAGUUCGGCAAACGGGCAGAGACCUCUCCGUCGGUCGCAGCGUUCCCGCAGAUCGUCAGCGACGCAAUCUGCUAUGCGACUGACGACGCUUGCGUUUCCGCGACUGGCGGCUGCUCGGGUCACGGAAGCUGUGCCGCGGGUUCGAGGGCCGGCAAGACGUGUUACGUGUGCCAGUGCUCGGCGAGUCGGGAUGAGGGAGGGAGGACGACGCAUUGGGCUGGCAACGCUUGCGAGAGGGAGGAUGUCAGCUCGCAAUUCGUACUUCUGGCCGGCACGACCAUCGGUCUGUUGGCAUUCUUCUCCGCUGCCGUCGGUCUUCUCGUCGGUAUGGGAUCCGACGAGCUUCCAGGUGUACUCACUGGUGGCGCCGCGCCUGUGAAGCGCGAUUAG